AUGACGGCGGGUCGGUUUGUAGAUGUUUGCAUAAAGUCCUUAAGCUGCCCUUGUAGCAACGCUUUUAUUUCCCUUGUUUACGACCACCUGGAACUACGCCGCCGGAGAAUAGCCGCCUGGCAGAAACUGGUCGCCGAUCCUCAUGACGUGACCGCCCCAUCACAGUUGCAUCUGCCUCACCAUUGCCUGGAUACUGAGGACGUCGGCGCUUUCCAGGAUGCCAGUGUACAGGAUCCUCUCCUGCUACUUCACCUUCAGUACGCUUUAGUUACGGUUGAGAUAAAAUAGUUGGGUCCUCUGGUUCGGCCUUUAUAUAUAGUUCACAGAUCCGCCACAUACAAGAGCGUUGUCAGGGUAACAAACCUUUACCUCCACAGUUUUGGUGCUGAGACGGACACCACGACGAUAUAAGGCGGAAUGAUUUAGCCAGUCGAAGACUUGUCUGGCUUUGGAGGUCAUACUUAUGAUUUAUGUAGUCAAUCUUGGUGUUUCUUGAAAUGGUAUCACCAAGCUAGGCAAAUAUCCUUACUACUGUGAGGGGAGUUCGAUUGGCGAUGAUUUGGGCUUGGGCGUUGUUAGUAUUUGGCACACAUCGGAUACUGAGUAGUCUUCAGUCGUUUUGACAGCCGGUGUCGAUCCCCUGCCGCUCCUCACAGAAUGCGCUCAUCACCAUGGCAGUAAACAUGUGAUUGAAUAUGGUAGGGGCGAGUACGCAACCCUGCUUUAUCGCAGUAUUCACGGUAAAUGCUUCAAACGUCCGUGGUGCCCGUCAUUGCCUCUUCAGGUAGUUGUCUCAGCAUUUGUGCGUUAAUCGCCUCGGAUAUCCGAAGUUCAAAAUAAUUCUUUAGAAUCCAUUUCAAUCCAGUGUGUCGGCGAACUCCGCCAGUUCGACGAAAGUGAAGGGCGUCCGCGUUUCCUAAUUCGUUUCUUGAAGUUUGAAAAGCACGAAGACCCUGUUUCUGGUCCCUUGAUGUUUUUGGAAUUUUCACUUCGUUCUUGAUAGAAGCCCCUCCUCCAGAUGCGUUUUAGAGGAUUGAAAAGGAAAUGGGCGAUACGAAGGAGGUUCCAGGGUGGUUAUUGCAGAUUUGCCAGUGAACAUGCACAAUGUCGGCAUUAUUAAAGUCAUGGGGUUCUGUGCUUGAUCCAUCUCCCCUCUAACUGCAUAUUUAUCUUCUCCACAGGUUUUUGGCUGCCAUAGUUGUCGACUUUGGCUGGAAUUGCGUCUGUUUCAGGCGCUCCUCCACUUGACAACUGUUGUACUGUUUAGACCGUGCCUGGGAGCCGGACCCUCGAGGUCGUUAUUGGUGCCCACAUCAUGAAGCCUGUUGAUGACUUUUUUGCAUCUUGCUUUUCACGAUCCGUGACAACUCCAUCAGGAGGGCUGUUCCAUCCUUGCUCAGAAGUGGCACAGUACCUUUGACUUACGGAUCGUAGACUCUUCUGACGGCCGCAAUUUUCUCAUUGGUUUUCGAUGUUCUUGAAAAUUCAAUUACAUUUCGUGGAAAACAUGCAUAAAAAUAUUUCUUCUUUUACUUAUUCGACAGAAAAUCACGUCCUCUUCCAAUUUUAUACUCUAUAGAAGGGCAUAAUUCGGUUUCAAAAAAGACUCCAAUUGUGAGAUUUAUUAAAACCUUGAGAUGGCCGUUCAUAAAACGUCAUGUAUGUGCAUUUACGAAUGUGGCUUGUAAAGUCAACAAUAUUGCUUAAAUCAGCAGCUUACUUUUAUGAACCCCAUAUCAUCUGCUCCUAAAACCGUAGAGAAAUGCAUGUUUUUUCGUACACAGAAAAUAUACGGCUUGUAGUUUUGAAACCAUGAAUGCAUGUGUAAGAGCAGGUGGGGUGCAAAAUUAUUCGGGAAUCGGAAACACUUUUGGAAACCGAAUUAUACCACUCCUUUGAGUAUGAACUUGAAAAAAGAUGUGAGUAUGAAUGAAUAUUUUUAUGUGUUUUCCACAAAAUAUGAUUGAAUUUUCAAGGGCAUCGAAAAUCAAUGAGAAAAUUGCCUGCCAUUUAAGUAGUCAUUUUUUGCAGAGUAUAGUUCUUGCAUACAUUCGGAAAUAAGCUCCUUCGAAAGCUGACACUCUGAGGUACCGGGAUCAUCAUAGAAUUAUGCUGCAAGACGUUUAGUCUUACAACUCUACUUAAUUCAUUUUGACCCAACUGCGAAAAACUCGGCGCCUCGGUGGGAUACGAAUCCACGCAGUAAGGAGAAGGCUGUAGUACCGCCAACGCUCUAACCACUUGAGCUACGAGGUUCCGCCGGACGACGCGGGUUUAGUCAUAUUUACUUACUUAAUCUUUUCGAACCGAGAAUGCAUUUCGAAAUUUCGGUUGACGUUUCAUGAGUUAGCCCACCUACUGUAUAGAACUUUUCUGGGGUUGUUGUUGAUGAUGGUGUGAGUCGUGUAUGGCUCGUCCUCCUCAGACGGCAGAUUGUGGAUGUCCUCGUCAUUGUCAGAAAAUCCGUCUUGAAAUUCAGAGCUUUCAAUGCGGUGGUCUGACUGGUGUCAUGUGUCUCCCUCUACUGGAUCUGGAUAUUGGCAUACACGUCAUUGUUUUAGAUUUUACUCUAUGCAAGUCCUAGGAUUCAAUUUACGGCCGGCUGUAUCAAUCCACAGUAUUUUACUUGCCUGAUAUUGGUUUACUGUGCACGCAGAUGGGGGUUUACCCACGUCAUCUCCUCCUGGAUCGAGAGGAGGAGGAAAUAUUAGUCAAGAGAAGACUGUUCUUCAUACAUAUCUGCAAAAGGAAUAGUCCAUUGCCGCUGAGGCCGCUAAUCCCGUGACGACCGACUACCCUCUCCUAAAUAGCUUUGUGUCUACUAGUGAGGAAUUUAAGCCAUCGAGGACAAUAAAUAUUUCCACUUUCAACACAGUUAUUAGGAGGACGUGCAUGUCUUCGUAGAACUUGAUCCUUCCUUCAUCAGUACUGGUCGGUAAGAGACGUAGGCGCCGACGACUAUGUGAGAUUUGUUCCCGCAAAGAAGUAGACGCGGGUGCAUACGACAGCCGCUGUGACCCUGUGGCAGCCAGUGUGUUCGUUCCACGAUAUCGCCCCUGAUGUAAAGCGACUCUAACGUCUCGGUGGUCUGCCUUGCGAAUCCAGCCCCAUAAAGACCGUGACAGGCUAGAUCGGCGCGACGCUGAUGGGGAACUCAGGUACAAUACGGCCGACCGAUCGACGCGUGGCAAGACCAGAAGCAACUGCUCUGGCCCGAUUCCACGGUCUUCCAAAAGUGCGCAAAGAAGGCUCUCCUUUCCAGCCGAUAGUUUAACUAAAACGCCCUCCCACCUAUGGACUGGCAGUGGCUCUUUUACCGUCCUAAAAUUCCGACCUCCGACUCGAACACCACAGUCAGCUUCUCAACACAAUUCUUAAAAAUAAUUAAAGGGUCAAGUCUCCAAACAAGUGAAGUCAUGGUAUCCCUCGAUGACACGUCCAUUUCUACUACUAGCCCGAAAGACCUGGCAGUCCAGACAAUCGAACUACUCCCAUGAGAUAAAAACGAUGAAACGGAGAAUCGCCUCGAAUGCGUCCAGAUCCCUCAAUUCCCGAAGUUCUGUCUCAAGACAUGCUAAACUUUACGGAACAAUCUACGAGCAGCUGAUGUGCAAGCCAAUGGGUCUGCUGAUUUCAGGACUCAUAGCCGAAGCCGACCCCAACGGUUGGAGUCACUGGUUUUCCGACACCACAGGCCGAAAUUCUGGGCUCGUUAUGUGGAUGAUACUGUCGAUUGUGCUGACGUAAACACGAAAGUGUUCAGGAAAACGACAAGCAUGACGAAAGUACUGGAUUCCAAAAUUUGGGGUUGGGUUUAGGUCUGUGUUUGGGGUCACAUCUUGGGUUUGGAGCUAGGGCUAAGGCUUUGGUAUUUGUGAAUUUCAUGAUAAAGCUUGCCGGCUUACUUCACCAUAUCGACUGCUUAGUGAUUUGAUAUAAUUUUACUGUCAGGGUAGAAGGAAACAAUUAAUUGUUUAGGCGACGAGAACCUGGAUAACGAAGUCUGUCACGAGUAAUAUAUCCUAAUUUCUAUCAUUAUACGAAUGGUUUCCUCUUCCCUUCCUCAAUCUUUUUCAUUUCUUUUCACAUGUUACUUGUUGGAUUUCCUUUAUCUUUGUUUUUUACACGGCCCACCCAAUCGUCUUUGGUGUUGGGGUUGCACACCCGGCACUUUCCGUUAGCUUGGCUAUCCGCGACAGGCUGUCUGGCCAAUCACAGGUUCGGUAAUAAUCCGUGCACGGUCUAUACGAUGGUGCGCGUAAUUGUUGCUUGUGUACACCAUUGAGGCCUUUGACGCAAAUCACGAAAAACGGCUAGUUGACGUAAUUUUGUCAAGCAAUUUAGUAACAAAAUGGCGUUCGCAGUAAGAUGCAAUAAGCUGGUGCAAUAUUCUUAGGGGACCCAGGAGAAUCCCCCUGCGUUUGUUAGACAGGGUUAUUUAACUAGCCCUCUAUCCAGAAAAAAAGGAUUAUCAGCUAACGCACAUAUUUUUCCGUGGCAUGUCCCUCCUUCCACGGGCAUUGCGGCUGCUACAUCCGAAGCGCUGUCCAUUGUGGAACUUGUUUGAUCACCUUUGUUUGAUAAUUCCAUCAUCAAUGGCUUAACUACUAGGUCGUCACGAUGCGAACUUUGUUACUUUGCACUAGUGAGUGGGUUCUCUGGAAAGGCUAACAAACAGCCGCUCUGUUAAAAACGAAUUCCUGGGAAACAGACGGUCACCCCGAGCCGGCCGUUUUUAUCCCGGGUUUUUGCGUCGACUGCUAGUGACGUCACUGAUCUGAGAGCUUUGAAGGGCCUUCCAUAUCGACAACUUUUUAGCUGGUAUCUUAAUGCCUUUACAUAUGCACGAAGCAUUUCAUCCUUUCUCGUGCAUUAUUCUCUACAUCGCUUUUCCUGUUACGCGCUCAUAACAGCACGCAGGCACCUCCCUAGCGUGUCUGUCCUUAUUCCUCCUUUUGUCCUGCUUCGCAUGUUGUUGUUCAUGGUCUACUUUAUUCGUGCGUUUGAUUUCUCAUCCAGACCAUGUCCUGGUUCCUCAGCGCACCGGCUCGGCGUCUACCCAUUCUUGCUAAUCGAUUGUCUGUCGCGACUGGCUGUGUUUAUUCCGUCUUCCACCAACAAACUGCCGGAUAUUGUAUGAAUUUUGACCCUCCCACACGCAAGAAUGAGGACAUCAAAACUAAACGGAGCCGCCUGCUCUACGAAAGUCGUAAACGUGGAAACCUGGAAAACGGAAUUCUGUUGGCGUAAGUUCGAUCUUCUUUCUGUAAUAAUGCGCAUAUUCCUGUUGUUUUUAUUUCAUCAAAGACAUUUAUUAAGUCACUAAUACUGAAGUUGCAGUCCCGCCCCUCUCGCAUGACCAUCAUGCACAGCGGGUAAAACGAGGUGGCAAUGACAAUCUCGACUUCCCUUGUCUUUGUCGCCACUCCCUUCGCUACAUAUACUACUAUUCCAUAUGCGACUGUUUGCGAAGGCUCCAGACUAAGCCCCGAGGUACGACGAAACAAGCGUUUCCUGUAACCUCAUCGGCGAGCCUCCACUUUUCCACUGAGAUUUGUGUACAUGGCAUCUAACUUAAUGUGCUGAUUAAUACAUGAUUCAUCGGAAUGCAUGGCUUCAAAAGAUCGGCGUUUUUCAGAGGAGUAAACUCCGGCAAUAGAUAUUAGCGAAAAUGCUGACCCCAGGUGUUUAGAUGGAAGAUGAAGGUAAGGCGAGCUCUGGAGAUGAUUUAUUCAUCUGACGUUUCACACUCGUACUCGAGCGGAACAUCGGAGAUAAGAAAUGAGAAAUACACCGUUUAACUAGGUCCUUCUCACUCACUCCUGGUAGAGCCAUCAUUAUCUAUCUUUACUGGGCCUCCUUUCGUGCGGUUGCAGCAACCAUGAUUUCAUUGUCCUGACGUUCAAAAAGCAAACAAGCUCCCGCCACUGGAGAUAAGUUUCGUACGGCACUCUACAGUGUUUAAUGUGUGCUGUUCGGGGACGGGGCGUCGUCGGCAUAACGACUAUUCCCCCGGUUUUAAUUUUCCGUAUUUGUUGUUCGCGCUCCGCGUAUCUCGCCUUCAUGUUCAUUCGGACGGAGUACGAAGAUACAUGCUAGAUGCAGCUCCGAAAAAGUCAAAUGAGACUGGUAUUGUCGUUUCUAGCCCAUUAGCCGUUAUUUACUAACUACACCCAGCCCUUCCUGAGCUCCAGAUUGAACUUUAAAGCGCAACGGGACGAGCACGUCCUGUACCCCAAUUAGGAACGCACUUUCGACAUAGUGCUCACGAUCACAACCGACGAGACAGCGAGCCCGCGGUUUAGAGCGCUAGAUUCGCUGACGUGUAAUAACCAAAAGCAUGUGGGUUCAAUCCCUGGAUGCCUCAAAACCUGGAGUUGGGCAAGACUGACUGCCGACAGCUAAUAAGCCAAGAAUGGCCACUGAAGUCUCUCCUGUCCUUGUCGGUUUACCUAAUUCUGCCUAUACCACUAGCCGCUGUGUGGCUGCCUGUGGGGCUCUGGAUCGGGCCCCAACGGCACGAGUUUGUCCGUCCAUGGUAGAGGGGCGCCCACUGAUCGCGUUACAGGACAUACCCGUUUCGUUGUUCCUUGGAGCUUAAUGCAGAGUCCUUACAGACAGUUUCAUAGCAAUCAGGAAUAAAUGCAGAUUACUGGCAAAGACAAGGGGAAUGGCCGUUCCUGGUCUGUUAGUCAUAACUGCUCGGCCGUACCAAGCCCCAGGCUCUUAACACUUGUGAAGACACUGCCAUUUGUGUACACCCGCAUCGUUUUCGUCUUGUUUGUUGUUCGGGUUAAGUUUUAGUCUUACGUUUUCUGCCCACAAAUCUUUCUGUUCAGUACAUUUGCAGAUAAGUACCUUGCUGGGAUGAACGAACUUGAGCUUGAAGCAUAUGACAACCUCAUCAACAAGCCAGACAACGACUGGGACAUUUAUUAUUGGGCAACAGGUACGUCCCUUCUGCUUGCCGAGUAAUGUGACCAAAUGUUUCUUAUCUCGUCUUUACCCGAGGUUAUUCUACCCUAGGCAACCAGGAGGCGCCUCAAGAGUUUCAAACCGAUGUACUUAAAUUGCUCCAAGAGCACGCCCGCAACCCUGGUCGUGAGCUCCGAAACCAAUUGCCUCCCUUGCGGCCUCUUGAUAAGUAG